AUGGAAGAGAUCAAGCAGGAGAGCUCGAUGGGGCGAAGGGGCUCGAGCGGCGGCAGGCGAGACGAUGUGGGGUUCUCUGAUGGCGAGCUAGAGAAAUUCGAUGAGGCGCUGGAGGCGGCGUCCGAUUCAUCGAAGCCCGAUGUACAGAAGAAAUGGUCCAUCCCUGCCGGCGUGGAUCCCGAGGGCGGCCACUUCCUUUCCUCUGGCUACACUUUUUGGUUCGUUCGUCGUUCGGGAGCCCGUAGCCAGGAGAACUACGCCAACGCCAUCAAGAGAAUUGGUGGCUUUAGAUCGAUUGAGGGCUUCUGGAAAUACUACAACCACCUCGUGCGGCCGCACGAUCUGCCCAACACAUCAGAUUACCAUUUGUUCAAGGAGGGCAUCAAGCCCAUGUGGGAGGACGACGCAAACAAGCGAGGCGGCAAGUGGAUCAUCCGCUUGAAGAAGGGCCUGGCCACGAAGUACUGGGAAGAUCUGCUGCUGGCGAUCGUGGGGGAGCAAUUCCAGGUGGGUGACGAGAUCUGCGGCAUCGUCUGCUCGAUCCGGUUUAACGAGGAUAUCCUCUCUGUGUGGAACAAGAGCGCCGACAACAAGCAGGCCAGGCUCAAGAUUCACGAAACACUCAAAACGGUGCUCAACCUGCCACCCAACACGCCAAUGGAGUACAAGUGCCACGACGACUCGAUCAGGGACAACUCCUCCUUCCGCAACACCGACAUCUACAGAUGA